AUGUCUCGGGCGCGGCUCAGCAUGCUCCAGCUCCAGCUCCAGUCCAGCUCCUUCGUCCGUUCGAAUCUAUCAACUUCUCCAGGCGCUUGCACGGGCUUUGGAACGGUUUCCCUGCCACAGGAACUGGAGCCCACACGAUAUGUACCAGGCUGGAGGACCGUGACGUCUCCACGUAGCGACAAUGUGGUCACACUCACGACAUCACAGGAAAUCCUGCCUCCGUCCUUCGAACAAGACUGCAGAUCACAGCAUGUGGCGUCGAUCGAAUCAGGAAACCUGGCAGACCUGGCAGCCAUUGUGAACUGCCCGUCUGUGACCACAGGAGAGGCGCGAGCUCUCAUCCCUGCGACCAAUGUCGGCAAGCUCUUGUGA